CGCAAAGCGCGGCUUAAUUUACUAGUAAUAAUAAUAAAGCAAAUUUCAUAUUUUAACCCUAAAAAUCCUCACCAUUUGCCGCCCUGACCAUCUCCGUCGACACGCAGCCCUUCCCUACUGUGGACUGGCGCCAUCACCCACCUAACGAAGAUAAAUCACGACAAAGUUUGUAAAUCUCCUUCUACUAAUUUGAGUUUAUAAUGGCGGCUCCUGGUGUGGAGUGGCACGUGCGACCUCCAAACCCAAAGAAUCCGAUCGUUUUCUUUGACAUUACAAUCGGCACCAUCCCUGCCGGGCGCAUCAAAAUGGAGCUGUUCGCUGACAUUGCACCCAAAACUUCCGAAAACUUCAGGCAGUUCUGUACUGGGGAGUACAGAAAAGCUGGGCUCCCUGUUGGCUAUAAAGGCUCUCAGUUUCACAGGGUCAUUAAAGAUUUCAUGAUUCAAGCUGGUGAUUUUCUCAAGGGUGAUGGCAGUGGUUGUGUUUCUGUCUAUGGUCAUAAGUUUGACGAUGAAAAUUUCACUGCUAAACACACUGGUCCUGGCCUCUUAUCAAUGGCAAACAGUGGGCCAAAUACCAAUGGAUGUCAGUUCUUCAUUACUUGUGCUAAGUGCGAUUGGCUGGAUAACAAGCAUGUUGUUUUCGGGAGAGUACUUGGAGAUGGUCUUUUGGUAGUUAGGAAGAUUGAGAAUGUGGCUACUGGACCCAACAACAGGCCUAAAUUGGCAUGUAUCAUUGCGGAGUGUGGGGAGAUGUAAGAGACUUUUCACUGCAACUCUUUUUAUUAUUGACCACUUAAUGUGUAGAGAUUUUCUUAUUAUAAAAAUAAAAAGAAUAAUAUUAUAUUUUAGUUUUUAUGAAAAGCAUAAACGAAAACAUACCCAAAUUGGUAAGCUAGCAAGAGCGGCGGGUCAUAUGAAAGAUCCAUCUUUGGAAAUUUAAGAGAGGUGAAAAGGGUAAGAAAAUAGAAAAGUCUUGAUGAUGAUGAGAUAUUAUUUGAAAAUACUAUCUGCUAUUAACAAAUGUUAUAAUUAGGUUAAAAUGUGACAUAUUAUAUAUUAAUGUGAAGUUAAUG